CGAGCGCCCGGCCCGGGGGCGUGCUCCGUGUCCCGGAGCGCCGUGCGAGGCCCCCGGCUGGGCGCUAUGGCUGCCGCCAACGGCUGCGGGCCCGGGCGCGACGGCGCGCAGGAAAAGCUGCAUCCAAGAAACCUUAUCCCAGAGCUUUGCAGACUGUUUUAUGAUUUAGGCUGGGUAACAGGAACUGGUGGAGGAAUCAGCUUGAAACAUGGAAAUGAAAUCUACAUCGCUCCUUCAGGAGUCCAGAAGGAAAGAAUACAGCCAGAAGAUAUGUUUGUUUGUGACAUGAAUGAGCGGGACAUCAGUGGUCCCCCACCACACAAAAAGCUAAAGAAAAGCCAGUGCACACCUCUUUUUAUGAAUGCCUACACUAUGAGAGGAGCAGGCGCAGUGAUCCAUACUCACUCCAAGGCUGCUGUUAUGGCUACCCUUCUUUACCGAGGGAGUGAGUUCACUAUUACCCAUCAGGAGAUGAUAAAAGGAAUACAGAAGUGUACUUCAGGAGGCUAUUACCGAUAUGAUGAUACACUAGUGGUUCCCAUUAUUGAGAAUACACCAGAGGAGAAGGAUCUCAAGGAAAGAAUGGCAAAAGCAAUGGAAAAAUACCCAGAUUCUUGCGCUGUAUUGGUCAGACGUCAUGGAGUUUAUGUAUGGGGAGAAACAUGGGAAAAAGCCAAAACAAUGUGUGAGUGUUAUGAUUACCUAUUUGACAUCGCCGUGCAAAUGAAACAGCAUGGACUAGAUCCUUCAAAACAUCCAGCAGAAGAAAAUGGGAUCUUGUAAAUGACAAUAUUGAGGUAACAUGGGAGUUCCAGAUUCCACACCUCACCCUGUUGAAACCAGAAGGGGGUGCUGUUAUAUUCAGCUGAUUGACAGAUGUUAGCAGUCCGUUUCGACUAUCAAACACAUCAAAGAAGAAAAGGAUAGUUAAAACAGAGAUGCUGGACAAGGACAAUUACUGCUAUUCACGAGUGCUGUCAAAAGCUACAGUAGAAAGAAUGAAAAUUCAGAAAAAAAAAUCAUGAAAAAAAGUGAAAAAAGCUGCAGAGAACUAAUGUGACAUUUUAUAUGCUUUUUAUAUUUCAACAAAUAUGCGUUUGCUCAUCCUGCUCUACUACUACAUCAUUUAAGUUUUUCUAGAUCUUCAUUUCUGAAAGAUUAAGUAGUCCUUAUUCUGAGGAAAAAUGUGGGGACCCUCCUUAAUUAAAAAGUUAGGUAUGAAUUUUAAAGGAUUGUUUAAACUGUUGUUUCAUUUAUGCUAUGUUAAUAGGAUUUCUGUAAAAUUAAGCCUGUAGCAUAUGUAUUUUCAAAUCAUAUUUUGUCAUUAUAAUGAGUAGGAACCUCAAUUUUAUAGCGUGCAUUUGGAAUUUGAGAGAUUGCUCUGAGUCUUGUCUGUUUUUUACCUCUUACAAUUCUUUCACUUUCAACAUCAUCUUGUUUAAAACUAUUACAACUGUAAAAUAUUUUUUUCUGAACAAUGAUUAUCCAGCCUAAGGUAGGCUUAAUCAAACAGCUCAUUAAAAGAGUCUCACAUAUUUAUGUA